AAAAUAGGAGGGCUUACAGUAAUCAGCCCUCAGAGUCUCAUGAGCAGCAGCGUGGCACCGUGGAGGGAGCGCUCGGCACACGCAGCAGGACGCUUACUGGCGCUGCGCUCUGAGCACACAACCAACCAGAGCGCGCGGAGAGGGACACGGGGGGGACGGGGACGGUAGAAGCAUCCCGUCACGGAUGCGUGUUUCAGCCCAGUCUGGACGCGCUGGAACCUAAGAACACCAGAGAGCAGCUGCACUGGAGAUAAGACGGAUUUUUCAGUUUUUUGGGAGUGGGAUUUGACCAGUGUUCCGUUGAACCCUCGUCUCCUCCGGAUGCUCAGAAAUGGGGGAAUGGACUAUACUAGAGAGGCUCCUGGAGGCUGCUGUCCAGCAGCACUCUACUAUGAUAGGAAGGAUCCUACUAACAGUGGUGGUCAUCUUCCGGAUUCUAAUCGUAGCAAUAGUUGGAGAGACUGUGUAUGAUGACGAGCAGACCAUGUUCGUGUGUAACACCUUACAGCCGGGCUGCAACCAGGCGUGCUACGACAAGGCGUUCCCCAUCUCCCACAUCCGAUACUGGGUGUUCCAGAUCAUCAUGGUGUGCACCCCCAGCCUCUGCUUCAUCACCUACUCCGUGCACCAGUCGGCCAAGCAGAAGGAGCGCCGCUUCUCCACGGUGUACCUGACCCUGGACAAGGACCAAGACUCCCUGAAGCGAGACGAGAGCAAAAAGAUAAAGAACACCAUAGUGAACGGAGUGCUCCAGAACACGGAGAACUCCACCAAAGAAGCCGAACCGGACUGCUUGGAGGUGAAGGAGAUCCCCAACUCGGCCAUGAGGACUACAAAGUCCAAAAUGAGGCGGCAGGAGGGCAUCUCCAGGUUUUACAUCAUCCAGGUGGUUUUCAGGAACGCAUUGGAGAUCGGCUUCUUGGUGGGUCAGUACUUCCUGUACGGCUUCAACGUGCCGUCCGUGUACGAGUGCGACCGCUACCCGUGCAUCAAAGACGUGGAGUGCUACGUGUCCAGACCCACGGAGAAGACGGUGUUCCUGGUCUUCAUGUUCGCCGUGAGCGGCUUCUGCGUGGUGCUGAACCUGGCCGAGCUCAACCACCUGGGCUGGAGGAAAAUCAAGACGGCCGUGCGCGGCGUGCAAGCGCGGCGGAAGUCCAUCUAUGAGAUCAGGAACAAGGACCUGCCGCGGAUGAGUGUGCCCAACUUCGGACGCACACAGUCCAGUGACUCUGCGUAUGUGUAAACAAACAAACAAACAAACAAACAAAUAAGAUGGGACGAGACGCCUGAUUUAUGUCAUGACUUUUUAAAAAAGUGGGCAGAUUCUAAUAAUUUUAUUUAUAUUUGAUUUAUUUUCUAUUCUGGUUUGGUUCAAGGACUUCAUGGCAAGCGUGCGCUCCACGUUUGUUGACUUCUUUAUGAUUGCACUGAUGCAACUUUUUUCUUAAUGUUUGUACUCUGUAGGAUGUGUUCACUGAUUACUCUUUGUGGGCUGUUCUGCUAAACUUGAAGAGAGCAAAUGCAAAAAAGGAGAAAAGAAUAUUGCACUAAGAGGUGAACACUUGAGAGCCUGAUUUUAUCCAAAUGUGCUACUGACCUGACUUUAGUUUCACUUUCCACCCAUUUUUCUGGAGCCAAGUUUAAUAAGGGAGAAAAAUAACUCACUGAACAAGAUAAAACCCAUCCAGAUUGAUAUAAAACUACAAACCCAUGCCACUGUUCAGCAUAAAACACAUCAGCUCAAUACUUUCUUGUUUGUUUUUGUUGCCUGUGUUGCACCACUGACCUUAAUGUAACCAUUCCACCGCUUCAAUAGAAAACUUAGCAAAACAGUAUCUGGUGAAUUUUGCUGCAAAACGCUGAACGUCUGUGACUUCCUUAAUUUAUGACACACCAAAGCGCCCACUGCUUUUAUUUGUGAGUGUUUUCUUGCUUUCUUUGUGUAAUCAAGUGCCAUACUUGUAUAUAAACAAAUAUAAAAUAUAAAUAUAUGUAUACUAUAUAAAUAUAUAAUAGUAUUAAUCAUGGAAGCUGAUU